AUGUCAUCGGACGAGUUGAAGGCCCAGGGCAACGCUGCAUUUUCGGCUGGCAAGUUUGUCGAGGCAGCUGACUUGUUCAGCCAGGCCAUCGCCGUUGACCCCGGCAACCAUGUUCUGUACAGCAAUAAAUCGGCUGCCUUGGCUAGCCUCUCAAAGUAUGAUGAGGCACUGGAGGCUGCUGAGAAGGUGGUUGCCCUGAAGCCAGACUGGCCCAAGGGCUACUCCCGGUUGGGGGCGGCCCAUUUUGGUCUGCGCGCCUUCCAGGCAGCAUCAGACGCGUACUCCAAGGAGGUCCUGGGCCGGCUGGCGACAAACCCCACUACCCGUGCCUUCCUGGGUCAGCCCGAUUUCAUGCAAAUGCUGCAGGAGAUCAACCGCAACCCCCAGGCCAUGUCUAACUACUUGACGGACAACAGGCUGCAGCAGGCGCUCCAAGUCGGGCUGGGGCUCAACUUUGGCAGCGCAGAGGAGGGGUCCGCCACCUCCACCUCGGCCCAUGCCGGGUUCGGCCCUGAGCCCAUGGAGGAGCCGGAGGGGGAGGACGAGGUGGCUGCGGCGCGCCGCGCCGCGCUGGCCGAGAAGGAGGCCGGGAACGCAGCGUACAAGGCCCGCGACUUUGACACCGCCAUCGCGAAAUACUCACGCGCCAUUGAGCUGGACGACAGCGACGUAUCCUUCCUGUCCAACCGCGCGGCGGCCUACUUCGAGCAGGGCAGCUACGAUGAGUGCAUCGCCGACUGCGACACGGCCAUUGCGCGGGGGCGGGAGGUGCGCGCGGACUACAAGCUGAUGGCGCGGGCCAUGGCGCGCAAGGGCAACGCACUGGCGAAGAAGGGGGAGCUGGAGGAGGCGGUGGCCGUGUACCAGAAGAGCCUGACGGAGCACAGGACGGCCGACACACUGAAGCGGCUGAAUGAGACGGAGAAGCUGCUGAAGCAGAGGGUGGAGACCGCGUACAUUGACCUGGAGCUGUCUGCCAAGGCCAAGGACGAGGGGAACGAGGCCUUCAAGGCCCAGAAGUACCCCGAGGCCGUCAAGUUUUACACCGAAGCGCUGAAGCGCGGGCCGGCCUCGGUGAACGAGGAGGCCUACAAGCUGUACAGCAACCGCGCGGCCUGCUACACCAAGCUUGGCGCGUGGAGCGAGGGCCUGAAGGACGCGGAGGAGUGCAUCCGGCUGAAGCCCGACUUCAGCAAGGGCUACUCGCGCAAGGGCCACCUCCAGUUCUUCAUGAAGGAGUACGCCAAGGCGCGGGCGACGUACGAGGAGGGGCUGACGCAUGACCCACACAGCGCCGAGCUGAAGGAAGGUCUCAUUCGUACCAUCCAAGCCAUCAACAAGAUGACGCGUGGGGAAGGGACGGAUGCGGAGCGCAAGCAGCAGCAGGAACGCGCGAUGGCAGAUCCCGAGAUCCAGGCCAUCCUCACCGACCCCGUCAUGCGUCAGGUCCUGCGUGACAUGGAGGAAAACCCAGCGGCCGCCCAGAAGCACCUCGCCAACGUCCAGGUCGCCGCCAAGUUUGAGAAGCUGGUGGAGGCCGGCAUCGUCCAGAUCCGCUGA